UACCUCCGCAUUCAAAACAAAUUGAACUUCUUGCACUCUCUCUUACACUCACAUCACACACACAAAGAUGGGCAGUUUUAUAGGGCAUGUCUUACCAGGCAUGGCUUUCUUUAUACUAGGUUUAUGGCAUCUCUUUAACCACAUCAAACUUUAUUCUCUACGACCAAACUCUUACAUUUCCUCUCCAUGGUUCCCCACCACAAAACUAAGGUAUUUGGAGCUCUAUCUGAUCAUGUUAGGGAGCUCCAUUUCCAUAUCAAUGGAGCUCUUCAUCGGGCCAGAAAAACAUCAUCCAUUUGAUGUUGAUGGGACUAUACCAUCAAACCAUCUCCGAAACUUUGAACACUCCUUAAUAUCAAUGUCUUUCUUCGUCUAUGCAACGUUUGCUAUACUUCUUGAUAAAAUUAGUUCUGAAGCUCAACGUGGUCUAACACACAUUUUAGGAGCAUUAGCCUUUGGCCAACAGCUCCUCAUGUUCCACCUCCACUCAACUGACCACAAAGGUCUUGAAGGCCAAUACCAUCUACUUCUACAAAAUGUUGUAGUCAUUUCCUUGGCCACCGCUCUUAUGGGAAUUGGCCUCCCUAAGAGUUUCUUGGUUAGCUUUGUUAGGUCUCUUUGUAUAUUGUUCCAAGGUGUAUGGUUCGUAGUCAUGGGGUUUAUGUUAUGGACCCCAGGGUUGAUUCCUAAGGGCUGCUCACUUUACAAUGAUGAUGGUCACAAAAUAGUAAGAUGCACUAGCGAAGAGGCCUUGCAUCGUGCCAAAUCAUUAGUGAAUAUUCAAUUUGGUUGGUUUGUCAUCGGAAUCACCAUUUUCGCUAUAACCUUGUAUUUGGCCAUGGUUGAAACAUAUAGCAAGAAUGUCAAGUACUCAUCAUUGGCAAAGGAAUUUGAAGAGAUACAUGAAGAGACUAGCGACAUUGAAUCUCUGAAGAAAAACAAAUUAGAGGGCUCGAAGAGUUUGCUUGUGGAAAGAGGGUUUGCCCCUUUUGACAUGGAAAGGUAGAAGAUGUAAGAAAUUAAAUUGAAGUAGUAAUCUUUUCCUUACGGAUUAAAAUCGACUGUAUCUUUGUGGUACAUAUUUGGCUAUUGAAAAAGUGUGCUGGUAGGGUCGACAAUAUUGUAUGGUUUGCACUAAUGGAUUAUAUAUUCUUUGGGGUUGGGUUCAUCGUUGUGUUUGUAUGUAAAAAAACUAAACCCAGAUGUUAUAUUUCCAUUUCGUUGAAAAAUGUUCAUGUUAUUUCAUUUUAA